AUGACGACAAAUAAAGCCGGAAGAAACAAAACAUGCGCACGACUAAGAUCACCCAGCUCGUCGAGCUCCGCGUCGUGGGCGUCAGCUUCGGAAGUACUCGAAAUGACGCCGGAUAUCGACGUGUUGAGCCAGCGCGACGAGCUGCAGUCGUCCUCGCUGCCACCAAGACCUGUGCGACGAAGAGAACGACAACCCCCUCCAGUGGUGGGCUUGGGACCUGCGGGGCCUUGUGCUACGACUACGGUCUCCGCUACCGGUGGAAUAGUGCGCCGCAUGAAAUGGACUCAAAAAAUGAAUGAAAAUGUCAUGCGGGCCUAUUUUGGGGCAACAAAGGGAGGAACCAAUCUCACAGCGUACCGUGCUCAGAUGCUGUCUCUGUUUCAGGCUUUGGAACCUACGGCCAACGUAUCAUCCCAACGUCUGUCGGAUCAGGUGCGAUACAUCCAACGGCGCAAAGUGCUGACGGAUGAAGCACUUGAGCGGCUGCGUACAGACUUGUGUGUUGUCCAAGAAACUAUUACGCCUGUUAUUGCCCAGCAAGCAGUAAACACGUCUAUACCUGCUGCUGAUGUUGAGCUGGAAGAAAACUUGGACAAUAUUGUAAGUUCCCAUGAUGAACAGCGAUUGAGAGGGGCUUUGGAGGGUGCGAUUUUGGAAUUUAAAUCGAUGUCUCCGUCCUGUAGACCGCGAGUGCCGCGUUUGCCAACGCAUAAAAAAAAUUUGGCCCUGGUGGGAGCAUUGGAUUCUAUAUUGUCUCCAUACAUGGAAUCCAGUCGGGACCUCGUUGAUACACAUUCGAUUCUUUACUGCGCAGCCGUCGCGGCAUGUCAAGUGGCUAAUGUGAAAUUUCCGAUUGGAAAUAGAACCACUCGAGAUGUUGCGACGAAGCCUGCAUGGCAACAUAGGAUCGAGAAACGUAUCAACUCGGCCCGAACUCUCAUUGCCAAGCUAAUUGCCUUCCAGGGUGGUAAUUCUAGACCAAGGAUUAUGCGUUUCGUGGUGCAGGCCUUUUCUGGGACCAACAUAAAUUCCCAGGAUUAUAGGCUUUGGAUCACGGAACGCAUAGACUUCUUUAAACAAAAAGUUUAUGCGUGGGCGAACCGCAUUCGUCGCUAUAAGAAACGAUGGGAUCGAUUCCAACAGAAUCGUACUUUUCAAAGCGAUCAAAAGAGGGUUUAUAGGUGUUGGGAGAAUUCUACACAAGGUGUGGCAGAUGGGCAGUUACCUAGUGCUCGUGAUAUGCACAAUUAUUGGACGAAUAUAUGGUCAUCGCCCGUCUCCCACACUGAAGCCUCCUGGUUUGGUGUUGUAGAUCGAGCUUGCGAGACAAUACCGGCUAUGGAAGCUAUUUCAAUUAGUCCAGUGGAUGUCCUGGCCGCUAUCCGUCCAACACAAAAUUGGAAGGCUCCUGGACCGGAUGGUUUGCACAAUUUCUGGUUGAAAUGGUUUCCCAGUUCGCAUGCUCGUUUGGCAGCACAGUUCCAGAAUGCGCUUGAUGGUGGAUCGCUUCCAACAUUUAUGACGACAGGUGUCACUCACCUGCUCUUUAAAUCCGGUUGUACCACGGACCCAAAAAUUAUAGACCCAUAA